GCUGGAACCAAGAGGAAACGAGAUACGAAAGCCCAAUUGAAGUUCUAUGCUGUACGUGUGGGAAAAGAGCCUGGCAUAUACCACUCUUGGGCCGAAUGUCUAGAUCAAGUGAGAGGAUUCCCCAAAGCCAUGUUCAAAUCCUUUAUAUCUCUCAGCGAAGCCGAAGCUUUUGUGAACAACGAGGGCACAUCAAUGGGAGAGCAGAAGGUGACGAAGUGGUAUGGUGUGCAGGCAGGUCGGAACCCUGGAGUGUACACCAAUUGGCAAGACGUGCUGGAGCAAAUCACGGGCUGGAAAGGCCCCAAGCAUAAGGGUUUCAAGACGAGGACAGAGGCGGAGCAGUACGUUGCAGAGGGCCAACAGCGAUUCGCGAACGCCGACGUGCCAAUGGACAGUCAAGAAGGCAGUUCACCUCCAGGCGAACAAGGCGAAUAUGAACCUGGAGAAGCACCUCUCCCAGAAGACGCAGAAGACGCUUUCGACAGAGACAUCGUGCUCGACCCGACCACAAACGGAGCGCGCUACAAAACCCGAGAAGAACGAGAACGCGUAAAAUACCAAGCCGUACGCCCCGUCAAAGACUCGGCAAUACGAAUCUACACCGACGGUAGCUCCCUCGCCAACGGCUCUAAAAAUGCCUGGGGAGGCGUAGGCGUCUACUUCGGUCCUGCCGAUCAACGCAACAUCAGCGAACCCCUCCAAGGAACAAAACAAACCAAUCAACGCGCAGAACUCACCGCCAUAGUCCGAGCGCUCGAAGUCGCCCCGAAAGACCGGAGGAUCGUGAUUGUGAGUGACAGCAAGUACGCCAUUGAUUGCGUGACAGAAUGGUUCCCCAACUGGCAACGAAACGGCUGGGUCAAUUCUUCGCGGAAGCCUGUAGAAAAUAAGGACCUCAUUCAGAAGAUUCUUGAUAUGCUGGGCGAGCGGCUUCGUUUGAAUGCAUCUUAUUGGGAUCAUGGUCCGGGUGGUGUUCGGUUCGAGUGGGUCAAAGGUCAUGCGAAGGAUGAGGGGAAUAAUGCUGCUGAUGAGCUUGCUACGGCUGGGGCUAGG